GCACGCACCCUACCCUCCCCCGCCCGCAGCUAUAAUUGCUUCCCCCUGCGGUUGCUUCGGUUCAGUUGAGCGCUCGCGACGACGAGACAGACAAAAACAAAAAAAACAUGGGCUCCUUCCUGUCGUCGCUCUUCACCCCACCCCCGCUCCCCGGCGACGACCCGGACUCCGCCGUCGUCGCCGUCCACUCCAAGCCCGCCUGGGACCAGCACUGGGAGGCGCACCGGAACGCAUCCAAGCUGAUGGUGAUCGACUUCUCCGCCUCCUGGUGCGGGCCCUGCCGCUUCAUCGAGCCCGCCUUCAAGGAGAUGGCCUCCCGCUUCGCCGACGCCCUCUUCGUCAAGAUCGACGUCGACGAGCUCGCGGAGGUUGCAAAGACAUUCCGCGUAGAGGCGAUGCCGACCUUUGUGCUGGUGAAGGGCGGGCAGGAGGUGAGUCGCGUGGUCGGGGCUAAGAAGGAUGAGCUUGACAGGAAGAUCAAGACGUUCAUCUCAUCGUCCUGAUCCUGGCUUAAUUAGCCUGCACUCCAAUUGUAGUGCCAGGUUCCGUUUUCUCGAUCCCAGUGGCAAGAGGCUCCUAUGGUUUCCCCAUGUGGUAGUACCAAUCCUCCUUCUAAAAUGCUGCAAAAUCCGACGUAAAGUGGUAAUAAAGGUUCUGAAACUUGGAUCGUGUAAAUGUGUAACUCUGGCCUGUCUGAUCGUCAUCUGUCACCUUGGGCAAUCAAGUUACUGUGAUAUAAAGUGUGUUACUGGUAUUCAUGUUUUUAUUCUGGACAUACUGUAGUUUGUUACUGAAAAAACGACACUGUAUGUUCCCUUUGCAUCAAGUGAAUGUACAAGAUAUUGUUGA